AUGGAGAAGUUCAAUAGCUAUGCCUUGCAGCGUUCGAUGGGACAGCAGCUGAUUGAAUAUGCGUUUCCCUCCACUUUCAUCCUGCCAUUCUUGGCAGAGCCCUGCGCAGUGAUUUUCCUGUUUUCUCGCCUCUUCAUGCUUUUCAUUGGCUCUCACCCAGAGCUGAGAGUUUGGGAGUGCCGUAGCUGGUUGGCUGCGAUCGAGCUGGAGCUAGGACGCUAUGCAGACUGCUUGGUGAAUGUCUACCUGGCUACAAUGGUGUUCUUUUUUUCCUGGUGGCUACACUCACUGGAUUUUUUUGUACCUUGCCCUGUCGCAUAUUUACAUCUAUGCCUAUGA